AUGUCCACCGACGGACUCUGGCCCGUUCUCUUCCUCAUUACUAUAUCUGCCUGUAUCGGCAUUCUUGCGUGCCUCACAUUCACAGUCUUUAGCAUCAUUUUUGAGCGUCAGGCUGUAGAUGGAGAGACUCAGCGUCGUCACGUUGUCGAAGACGAUUCUCCAGUGGAGAGUUACUGCACACUUGAAAGAUCUUUCAAUGGGCCUUUUGACGAUAAUGCCUCGGUCAAUGGACAAAGGAGGGCUUCCAUCACGCCAAAAAAGUCUCUGAAGCAACAGAAAGGAAAGAGAUUACAAGCGGCCACUGUGAGGCGAGAUUUUCGUUUAAGCCAAUCAGGUAAGCAAGUAAAACGCUAG